UCAUGUUGCCCUUAAAGAAAGGGCAGAAAUUCGCUGUGCAAGGACUAGAUGGAGUUGUUGUUGAGUUUAUUAUCGAAACAGGUAAUACUCUCAAGCCACCGCAUGUGGAACCUGGAUAUGAGUAUAUUGUGUACACUCAUCCAUUUCAACGAAAUAUAUUAAAUGAAAUUUAAUCUAACAACCACUGAACUAAGCCAAACGCCUCAUAUUCAUUAUGUGUCAUUUCAGAAUCUCACUUUACCCAACCGGCUUCCCAGAAAUCAUGACUUGCUAUAUUGUAAUGUUCGAAUCUACCAUCGUCGAGUUCUACGAAGCAUCACAAGGAAAGAAUUCCCGGCAAAUAAUCAAAUAAGAUCUCUAUCUGAUAGCAGAGAAAUUUUUGCAAAUAACUCACAGACUUGGUACAGUAGUAGCCAGUGUGAGCAAUUGAAAUCUAUACUGCUGUCAAUAACAACACCAGCGAAUAUUCGCAAAAUCAUUGCUUUUGGUCUAGGGACCAUUGCAGCACGCUGGCCGCCGUGUAGCUCAACAGGAUCGUCAUAUCAGCAUGCUUUAAUCUUAACAUUACAGGACAUUUUCCACAAAAAACAACAAAAACAACAAGGUGCACAUUUAUCUACCAUAAUAUCAUGCUACUCACAGGACCCAGCAUAUACAUAUACUGAUAAGAUACUGCUAUCUGAGUCUGGAAUUACGGUUCUGGAUGACCCGGACGGCUUUCUGGAGAUUGAUGACUCGACAUUAGUUGUUUCAUGCGCGCCUAAUGCGCCAGUUAAAGAAAUAGUGUCAGAUAUAGCCUGCCCAGCUAUUAUGAUAUGGAACAGAGUCAAAGAUGAAGACCACAUAAUUAGCCGAACUGUGGAUCUCAUAUAUCUCUUCAGGGCCGAUCCGGACUCCCCACGACUAAGAAAAAUGAUUAUGAACAUGUAUGAUAUUAUUGAAUUUCCAAAAGACAUGACAAAUUUCAAAGAUAUCGUGAUCUAUACUCGGAAGAUGGAUGUCCAGUCUCUUGAUACAAGUUUCUAUGGAAUACAUGAAGCAUUUAGUCGAAAUACUGCCGUUCCAGCACGCAGACAGUCUCAAGGCGCCGUGUAUCACUGGCAUGAGUCUUGCUGCCGACAUCCCGACAUUUCAGUAGUGGAUGGUGUACCAUAUUGCAGUUAUUGUUCUGCUGUGCCUUCAUUAGACGAUAAUGGGGAAAUUCCAGCCUUUCAUUUCCGGAUGAUCUCUUCAAAUAGUCGCGCUAAAAAGAAUCUUGCUUGGCCAUCUAUUGUCGAUUACAGCCAUGCCGAUUACCUACUUGAUGACCACGGGUACUACUCAAAAAUCAGCGAAGAGGCGUUAGAUAAACCGAGAACAAAAACUUUACACAACACGCCAAUGGGAAAUUUGAUAUUGCCUGACAUACAGCCUCUGAAUGACAUCCGUCUAUUGCGACUAAAACGUGACUCAUCUCAAAGCCCUAUCCAUGUCGAGUUUAUUGGAGCAUGUCUCGAAGUUAAUUUUCUUCCGAGCUAUGACACAGUAUCAUAUACGUUAAAUAAUGACCCUCAAGAUUCGACUAUUGAUCCGAGUUGGGCCCUAUUGGGAUGUUAUGUAUGUCGCACAAAAUUGCCAAAGGGCUCUUAUGCUGCUAGGAAUGCGAAGACAGAUCAGUUACUUUGGGUCUAUUCAUUAUGCAUUGAACAAAAUGAUGCUAAAGAAAAAACCCAGCAAACUAUACUUGCCAACAAGAUAUACUCUGAAGCAUCUAAGGUGAUCGCUUACGAUCAUUUGUGGUCAACAGUCAAUCUCAUGGUCAAUGGCAUUAUCCACACAUAUCUUUCAAAAUCUUAUGGCCCUCCAUGGUUAUUAAAAGAUGAGCCAUGGUAUGGGCUUACCAGUCAAGGUCUUUCGUCUUUCACUUAA